AUGCGAGGUCUAUGGCCGCUGGUCGUAUCUACGGCGGUUGCAAUCCUCAACCGCGGCAACGCCGAAAAACCGGAUCUGCAGAAACUGGAAAGUGAGCAGAAGCUGCUCAUCCACGACCUGCAGCGGUCACGGCUGGCUUCCGAGCAGCUGAAGGACAAACUGGACAUCCUGCAACAGUCCAAGAAUGCCAGCAGCAGCACGCUCAAUGUGUCGAACGUCGUCGUUGACAAGGAGCAGAAGCCGGCGGAGGCGCACAGUGGCAGCGCCAACUACACCCCGCCCAUCAUUGUGUUGCUGCCGGAGGAGCCUUCCGAAAGGGAGAAGUGGGAGUACAACCUAACUCUGCGCUGUCUGGGCCAGCGCGACUUCAGCCCCUUCGAAGGGAUCCACAACUCCAAACUGCUGGAAAUGGCUACCAUCAAGGGGAAGACGGUUGCCGAGAUCAGGUUGGAGAUCAAGCACACGGAGAAGGAGCUGGGUCAGGUAGAGUCAGGGAGCUGUCGGUGCAUCAGUCCGCAGACACGCAAGGAGCUGGAAGGCCUACAGUCGGCCUUGUCGUCAGCAAAAGAGGGCACAUACGCCGAAAGAACGCAGAAGCUGCACAUAUCGCACAACAUCAAACUGGUGAAGCACGAAAUCGAUGUUCUGGAGACCAAACUGCAUCGGCUCCAAAAGAGGCUCAAGGCGACCGUACUGUUCAGCAGCGGAACUGGAAAACACGGAUCGAGCAAGCAACGGGAUCACGAUGACGCCGACGAAGAGGAGGCAAGUGAGGAUCGCGAGGAGCAAGACGCCGAGGAGGACGCUGGAGAAGAGGAAGAAGCUGAUGAGGACGAUGGCCACGCUGAUGACGACGAAUAUUAG